AGCAUACGACCCACCGGUGGGUCGUAUUGUCCGAAAUGGCAAAACACGUACGACCCACCGGUGGGUCGUAUUGUUGUCGCUUCAGCUCCUAUGUUUUCCCAGAAAGGCAACGUCCAUUGAAAGCGUGCUUCUACAAUCCAUCGGGAUACGCUUGCUGCAACAGAGAUCUCAACGACGAAAUUGUCAGGACGUAUCAACAGCUCAUAAAUGACCCAACUUUCAAUCCGUGUAAUAUACAAAGACUCGUAAACACACUGCAGAAAAACUGCGCUCGGAGAUUCAAAAUGGAUUUCGAGGCGAUCGUCGGUUUGAGCGACUACGCCCAAAGAGUGAACUUCAAGAAGGAUCUGGUGUGUAAAGUGGAGCUGGGUCAACGAUAUAUGCUUGUGUAUGCUACGCCAAGCGGCGACAGGAUGAAACGUAAUGAAGACGGAUUCAAUACUACGGAGGAGGCAAUCACCUCGACCACGUUGCAUUCACUUGUUCUCUAAGUUAUUACCUCAAAUUCUUCACUGAUUAGAGUGCAAAUGUGAGCUUGUAAGUUACUGAAACAAUUACAAAUGUAAUAUAUAUGUAUAAGGAGGGUUCAAUAACAUUAGCCGAUAGUUUGAUAGGCUAGCGCGAAAUUUGUUUCAUUUAUUCAAACACUUUAACCUCUUCGAACUCG